GGGUUGGACAGCCUUAUAAUGGCUUCACUAUGAGGUAGCUCAUACACACUUUGUGUUUGUGUUUUUUGUAGGAUGAGACUGUACAUUUUUAUAUUGUUUUUUCCCUCUUCUCUAUUAGCAAGGAACUGUUCAUUUUACCCUACCUAUGAGUUAACUGAAAGUAGUUCAACCACUAACCAGGCCUGCUUUGAAGCCUGCACGUCCGACCCAAAAUGCUUGCUUUACAUCUUCAAUGACGGCGGGUGUAAGCUAGCAAUUUUAACGGGCGAUGCCCUGGACCCCAACACUAACUCCACGGGACGUGUCGUAUGUGACUGCCGGAGACAGUGUUCAGUCAUAGAGCAUCUUGGUGCAUUUACCACAGGAUCAAACACUUCUCAGGCCUGUUAUACAGACUGCACAUCCAACCCAAAAUGUACUGGGUUUAGCUUUGUUGGGGGUAACUGCACGGUUCGUAUUUUAGAUGGGCCUGACAUAGACACCACCAACAAUCAGUCAACAAGAGGUUAUGUCUUCUGCGAUUGUGAUAAAACAACGACAUCUGCUACAACCGAACCCACAACAACAACACGAGCCCCAGCCCAGCGCUACUAUGACUGCCACAGCUGUACCAGCGGCUGCAGCAGCAAGAAACAGAACUACCUGUGUCCUGCCAAUGGGAAAAUAAAGACUGGGACCAACACACGUUUUGUCAGGUGUAAGGGACCCUGCAUGUCUACUGUCAAGCGAAAAUUCUAUCCAGAUGUGGUCCGUGGAUGUUCAGACGGCAAGUUCCCAGGUCUACGUAUCCCAGCCAAUGGAUGCCUGACUCACAAGAAGGAAGUCACGUGCUUUUGUACUGGUGACCGCUGUAACACCAGAAACAUGGUGCAGGAGCAGAGCAGGAUGGGAGAUGCAUGGUGGAUGGGGCGUAGACACAACUAAUAACAUGAUGUUGACAUGAUGUAGACAUUGGCAAAUGACAAAACGUAGAACGCACUAAAUGACACUAUAUAGACAUUGGUAAACGACAUGACCUGGCCACAAGUAAAUGAUUGUGGCCAGAAUAUCUUUAUAUUUUUGACACUAUUAGACCUUUUAAAAAAGGUUU